AAGGUAUUUUGUGAAACUUUUGUGAAAAUCACAAAAAUGCUGGUGGUCCAUUUUUUUAAAAAGGCUGGUGGGGAAUUUGUUUAUUAUGAGGUCUGAAAAAACUCUUAACUAGUUGUAUCAAGCAGAGUUUAAGGCUGGAUUUUGUUUUAAUGGGGCGGUCCCAACUGCAGGUAUUAAGUGUUUUUUCAGCAAUUGUCGUGUGAGUGCAUAUAAUGUAAACAACCUUAUAUUUAGUUUAUGCAGUGCACUCUGUAAAGUUUGGGACAAAGACAUUUUUUCUUGGUUUUCCUCUAUGCCACAGUUUAUCAGGGCAUCCUAAUGUUGGGAAAAGGAUUUUCAGUUAUUUGUGUUUAACUCAGAUUGUGUUUGAAAGCUUCUCAUACCUGCAAUAUUUAGAGUCAAAAUCAGGAUAGAAAAUUGAUUGAUAGAAAAAAAUUAUUGACACAAUGUUAUUGUUUUGUGUCAAGAUUCACACCAUUAAUUUUUUUAAGGUAUGUUUGUAAAAACAAUUUAAAUGCCCUAAGGUCUAGUCCUGGGUUUUUAUUUACUUUAUACAGGCACUGGACAAAAUUAUGUGAACACUUAAUUUGGCUAACACUGAUAAACUACCUUGCAAAUAACAAUGGCCUCUUAUUUAACUCUCUGUAUUCUUUAAGCUUUGUAUUAGUGCAAUUCAGUAGGCCUACAUGUGUAAGUGAAAUGUAUCUGUUUGAGGGAUUUUGUUUUAAGAGCAUCUAUAAACAUAAGCAAAAUAGUUUGGUGUCUAAACAGCAACAGUCUUAAAUUACCAUUAUGAUUGCACCUCAUUAAGAAUUCAUCAGUGAAGGAGAAUACAAAAUAAGAGUACCAAUAUUAUUUUCAAAACUUUACACUUGAUUAAAAAUCAGCAUUAUUGCAAUCAUUACCACACCAUGAAGAAACAUCAACCUUCUUGUGUAAUGAAUAAAGUUUUGAGCGUCUUCUCUCUCCAGUACAGCAGGAGGCGCUCUGCAGCUCUUUAGUCCGCCGAUAAACCCACUAAAGAAAGAAAGAAAGAAAGAGCUCGCGUGUGAUGUGUUUGUUUAUCCUCAGUGUUUUUCUCUCUUGAGUGUUUUAUUGAGUGUAAACAGAGUCUUGUCUCUGUGUAUUUUAGUGUUGAUGAUGAGAUGGAUGUGAUGUGCUGUAAAUCAGGAACUAAUCAGGUCUUACAGGAUGAGGAAUCUACUGAUCAAACCUCCACAGAGUCUCUGGAUUCUGUCUGGAACGCUGGAGAACAGCAGCAGAUCCUGCAGACCAAACUCAAGAUGUGUUCAGUCAAACUCAUCGACUUCAGGAACCUCAUGAUGAAGAUCAAAACUGAGCCAACAGAAAUAAAAACUGAACCUACAGCAGAUGAAUAUAAAGACAAAGACAGUGAUGAUUGUCAUGAUUUUAUUCCGUCAGAUGUAAAGAGUGAAUUAUGUUUGGAUGGAGAGAUAACGUCCUCGACUCUUUCCUGCAUCACCGGUGGAGAGACAUUGAGCUCACAGAGACAUUUAGAGAGACACCACAGAGAACAGAAACAUCAUCUAAAGAAACACGCCAAUGAGAGACCGUAUCAGUGCCAUGAAUGUGGAAAAACCUUUAGGAAUGCAAGGUUAUUAAAAUCACACCAGAAUAUUCACUCUGAAGAGAAACCCUUUCAAUUUCCAAAACAUUUCAGUCAUAAAUCUCAUCUGAUAGUCCAUGAGAGACUUCACACUGGAGAGAAACAUCAUCACUGUAGUGUUUGUGGGAAGAGAUUUAAUCAAUGUAAAUAUUUAGUGAUUCACCAAAGAAUUCAUACAGGACAAAAACCGUAUAAAUGCUCUCAGUGUGAGAAGACGUUUGCUCAAUCAGCUUCCUUAAAAGCCCAUCAGAGAAUUCACACUGGAGAAAAACCUUACAAAUGCUCUCAUUGUGAGAAGACGUUUACUCAGUCAGGUCACUUAAAAGCCCAUGAGAGACUUCACACUGGCGAGAAACCUUACCAAUGCUCUCAGUGUGGAAUGAGCUUCACUAAUUUAAAUUCUUUUAGAGUUCAUCAGAGACUUCAUACUGGUGAAAAACCUUACAAAUGCUCUCAUUGUGAGAAGACAUUUACUCAGUCAGGUCAAUUAAAAUCCCAUCAGAGAGUUCACACUGGAGAGAAACCUUAUAUCUGCUCGAUCUGUGGAGAGAGAUUUGCUCAUUCUGGAAGUCUUAAGCAUCAUCAGAAGAAAAAUACUGAAGAACAAAAUACACUGAAAUCAUCAUAGUGUCAUGAAGUCUUUAAACACUGACCGUGUAUAUUCGGUGCAAAUGUUUGACGUGAUAACACACUAGACCAAAAACAAUUGAUUUCUAUGAAUGACUUUACAUUGACAUAAGUGUAGUUCUCAUUGCCAGAGAACAUUUUUAAACUCUCUCAUUGUUUACUAUUAAGGGUUUUUGUAGGAUUGAUCAAUUUAUUAUAUUGCUCGAAUUGGACUUUGAAUUGUUUCGUAUUAUUGCCAUUUCUGCUGAUUGAUUUAGUUAAAUUGAUUUUUGAAUUAUCAUGUCCCACCCAGCACAAGUCAUGAUUUAGGCUGUGUUUUUUGGGCUAAAUCAAGUCAGCCCGUCAUGGCCUUCAUUUAGCACAAAAAUAAACAUUGAAUAUUGGUCUUUGUUUUUUUCAUCUGGUUUAGUCCAAAUUUUCCCUAAAAUUGGAUGUCAGUUUCAGACCACCUAAUGAAACCAUAAUUAAUGUUCAAUUAAUAACACAUAAAAGGGUCUGUCUCUACAAAAAUCCAAACAAAAUCUGCAUGAAUGUAUCCACCUUAUUUUCGAAUGCAGAAGUAAGUGAUGUGACGUAUUUCCCUUUUUUGUGGGAGACGUCAGUUUCAGUAGCGAACCGGUAGAAAAUAAAUAGUGUUGUGGGAAUACGCAGAAAACAUGAUUUAAACAGUUAUGGUAAAUAUUUACUACACCUCCCAGCUAACAGAAAAAUUUCUAAGAAUGUUCUUUGAACGUUUUCCAACAUUCUCAAAAACAUUUUGCCAACAUUAAAAGUGUCCAGUUGUCUUGACAUUCUAAGAACGUUUCUGGUUUGUCUCAAUGUUAGAGGAAUGUUACAUUCUACCAUUUUCAAACGUUAUGACAAUGUCCUGUUUUAAUGUUCACACAAUGUUUCCUAUAUUUACUUUUUUGCUUAUAGGUAAAUGAUAGAGAAAUAUUCCAUUUUGUUAUUUUAAAACUGUUAAAAAAAAACAUUAUUUCUGUCUAAAAAUAUUGUUAAAACAAACACAAUUCACUUAUUAGGUUUUGAUGUUGAUGUUUUGUUUUGUUUCAUUUUAGGUACCUAUUAUGGUGGUUAGUGUUUGUUUUAGUUUGACUCUUGAUCCUUGAUGUUUUGUUUGCUAGUUAAUAAUAUUUGUUCUAUUAUAUUUAAGUUACUAAAUGAUGAAGAAGAAAGUAAAGAAAUUGUCAAAAUUAUGUUUGUCUCUGAGGUAAAAUAAACAACUGUGAGUGACGAGAGUUUGCAAGUGCAUGCUGGGGGAGCGAAGAAGAGCAGCGUGUGCUGCAGUGGAGCGUGCACAUUAGACUUACGCACUAAUAAAGGAAUACA